AGAAGAAAGUAUAUAUGUACAUCUUUGGUUAAGUUUUUUCACAAUCUACAACAUUUUCAAGUUUCAGAAAACGUAUUGAAUCAGAAAAAAUCGACGCUCGCCGGAAAAGUCGCCGGAAAACCAUCGGGAAAGCCCAUCCUCGACGUAAACUGCGGUCACGCAUCCAUGAAUCAUCACUAAGCAGGAAAAAUGUCAGAGUGGUUACCGGCCGAUCAUGAUUACACAGCAGAAUUUGAGAAUGGGAUCCAUUAUGCAAGUGUGGAGUUAGCUGAGUUAGCUGCAAUAGCAAUCGCUCAGGAGAACGGGUUCUUUAUUGUUAGAGGAGCAUGGAAACCGAAUACUUCUGGACUUACUGCCCUCUGUAUGUAUUGCGACAGAAGCAGUAGGAUCGUUAAAUCUUAUAAACCAGACCCUACGAAGGAGACGCGUGGGAAUACUAGUUCGAAGGGUACUGGUUGCCAGUUUCAGAUAUGUAUUAAGGAAGUAUGGCAAAAGGAUCGUCCAAACACAUGGGUCCUAGUGGGAGUGACAAGUCGUGCAACCGGAGCUAAUAGAGGGUUUCACAACCAUGAAAAGGUGUUGUAUCCAGAACAUCACCGACACAACAAACAGUUUAGUGAGGCUGAAAAAGAGAGGUUAAGAUUAAUGAGGAAGGCGGGGGUGAGACCAAAUCAGCAGAAGACGACACUCAAUACUGAAGGGGGUGUGAGUCAUGAUAUCAAACAGAUGUACAACAGAAAUUACAAGAACAGAUUGGAUGAGAUGGGUGAAAUGGAUGCGAUACAGUUUGCGCUUCAUGGAGCUGAACAACGUGGGUACCAUAUCUGUUUGCAAAAGGACUCUAAUAAUGUGCUCACUAAUCUGUUUUUUGCGCACCCGACGUCCAUUCAGAUGUUGCAUGCAUGGCCGUACGUCAUCAUCAUUGACUCGACCUACAAGACGAAUAGGUAUGGCUGGCCAUGGGUUGAGAUUAUUGGGGUUACUCCAGUCAAGAAGAAUUUCAACAUUGCAUGUGCACUUAUUAAGCAGGAAACAAAGGAAACAUAUGAGUGGGUGCUGCGAUGUAUUAAAGGGUUGCUCGGUGAUACGGUUCCGAAUGUCAUUGUGACAGACAAAGAAGGUGGUCUGCUUGCUUCUAUGCCCCUGGUCUUCCCUCUCCCACAUACUGUCCACCUACUAUGUUUAUGGCACGUCAACAACUGUGUGAAGCAAAAGUUUGAGCAAUUACUGGGUGGAAUUUCAAGAAGAGAGGUAGCAGAAGCGGUAUGGAAGAAAUAUUUCGACAAAGCUGCAUGGAGUUGGACUCAGGAGGGUUUUCUUCAAAAGAUUAAUCAGUUUGAGAGGGUCUGGACACAGAAGAACAUAAAAAUGGUUGACUACGUGCGAGGUGAGUGGUUGCCUUGUCAGACAAUGUGGGCAAAGUGCUACACGAACCAUGUGUUUCAUCUUGGUAACACGAGCUCGAAUAGAGUUGAGUCAUCUCACUCUUCAUUCAAGAGUUUCCUUGUGUCUGGUAGAGGAGCGAUUGACACUUGUUUUGCGAAGAACCACAACUACAUGGAACAUCAGUUUCUAGAAGUGGUGAAUGAGCUGCACAAGUCACUUAACCGCAAUCUGAGUAGGGCAAUUGAGCCUCCGUGCACGUUUUUGAGGAGGGUCGUUAGUUGUGAGGCGAUCAAACUGAUGUUAGAUGGGGCGGCGGAGUUGAAGGACCGUUGUGCGUGUCAUUUUCAGAUGACACAUGGGCUCAAGUGUGCUUGCCAGGUUGUUCAAGCUAAGGAAGAAGGACGUCAAUUCUAUGCUCAAGAGUUGCAUGUAUUUUGGCGGACUUUGGAUUAUAAAAACCCCCCACGUCAACAACAAGUCAAUGAUGAAAUUGAGCUUCAACGAGAACACUUUAGGCGUCUUACUGUUGAGGUGGAAGAAAGAGGUCCUGAAGCAGUGAGACAAGCAAGAGAU